AGUUUUCAAUAUGGCGCUAUUAAAAAGAGAGUAGAACAAUAAUUUUAUUUGUUACGAUUACAAAUUGGCAGAAGAAAUCGUAUAAUAAAUUUCAAUAAACGUGAAAUAAAUAUUUCUUAUGUCUUAGCUUGAUAAUUAAAGUGAAAUAUUGUUUUUGAAAUCCAGUAAUAUUUAAGAACAAGAAUGGAUGUUGAUUAUGAGGAUUUAUCACACGAUGAGGAGCUCAUUUGGAGGUUAAAACAAUUUCAUGAAGCAACCUUAAAAUUCGAAGAGAAACUUGAUCUUAUUAAUGAUCCUGAUAUAUAUGAUAAACUUUCUAAUAGUGACAAAAUAAAAUACAAUUUAUUAAUGUCUUAUAGUCUUAAUAGCAUGUUUUGGAUGUAUUUACGUACUAAAGGUAUUGAUCCAUCGAAACAUCAAAUUAAAAAUGAAAAUGAUAGAUUAAAAAGGUCGAUGCUACGUGCUAAACAAAUUGAAGAUAAGAAGACCCUUAUGCCACGCAUAAAUAAAAAUGCAGCACAAAGAUUUAUAAGGAAUAGUUUAUGGGAAUCAAAAGUAAAUGAUAAAGAUAAUAAUACCUUAAUACAGACUACUGUGGGAAAUUCAUCGAAUUUAUAAUUGACAAGUUUACUUUAGUAAUAUACUUUACAAUUUAUCAGUAUACAUCGAUGUAUUAUUUCUCCUAAUGUUUCGUACAUUUUUUUAAAUUAACGAUUGUAAAUAAUAAUAAAGCUAUUUACAUCUUGUUUAUAGUUAA